CUGUGUUUCGAGAAUUCAAAAUUAAAUUUUAUUUAUUUAUUUAUUUUAGUCAUCUUUCAAAGAGAGCCUCCCGUGCCUGAAAACUGUGCAGCAGCCGGUUUACAAAUUGUUUUGCUGUCAGGAGGCAGAAGCUUUGAUGACUGAGCUGAGCUGCCUGAAAGGUGGAACUCUUCUGACCAUGAAAUAUGUUCUCUUGACAUGCCUGCCGCAGCCUCUCCAAGUUCUGUGCAUCGGGGUCAGGGAUUCCAUUCAUCCUGGAGCUGAGUGUGCGGCCAGCAGGAGGAACCUAAAUGGGUUGAGACGGUGACUCAGUCAACUUCGUUUCCACUCAUCCCCAGAGUCAGCCUUCCUUUCUGCUGGGGAAGGCUGAUAGGAGUUUAAGAGGCUUGUGGUGCCCUGUGUCCCGAACGUUCCCAGCGCCAGCAGCGACCCCUCUCUUUCCCCUCUGCCUAUUGGAGACCACUCAGAUAUCGAAGCGGACUGGACGGCUGGAUUCAGGAAGCCAUGAAUCAUGUCACCAGAAAGGAGCGGCAGACUUUAAACUCCAUUCAGCAUGUGGAAGCGGCAGAGAAAUGACCUGUCCAGACAAGUCGGGGCAGCUCCUAAACUGGUUUGUCUGCUCCCUGUGCGUCCCUCGAGUGUGUAAGCUCUGGAGCAGCCGACGUCCCAGGACCAGACGGAACCUGCUGCUGGGCACUGCCUGUGCCAUCUACCUGGGCUUCCUGGUGAGCCAGGUUGGCAGGGCCUCCUUCCAGCGUGGGCAGACCACUGACAGGGGGCCACCCCACAGCCACGACAUCUCCAAGGUACUCUUCCCGGAGAUCCCCCUGGAUGGUACCCUGGCCCCUCCAGAGUCGCAGGACAAUGGCAGCACACUGCAGCCCAACGUGGUGUACAUUACCCUACGCUCCAAGCGCAGCAAGCCUGCCAAUAUCCGUGGCACGGUGAAACCCAAGCGCAGGAAGAAGUACGCAGUGGCAUCCGUGGCCCCUGGACAGGACGAGCUGGUUAAACCGUCUUUUAUACUGCAGGGAGUUGCGCGGGCAGCAGAUGCUGAAGUACCUGGCUAUGCUCAGGGCUACCUGGCUAAGGUUGGGGAACGCCCCUGGAGGGUGCCGCGUGGUCCUGGAAUCAGAACUGGUGGUUCAAACUUGCAGCAGCCUAGGGUGCGAGAGAGCAACAUCCGGAUUUACAGUGAGAGCGCCCCCUCAUGGCUGAGCAAAGAAGACAUUCGCAGAAUGCGCCUGCUGGCUGAUAGUGAGGUGGCUAACAUCCUGCCAGCGGUCUCUAACAGUGGUGCCCGCUUGCUGGUGUUCGAAGGGAGCACCUCAGGCUCUGUGCCUGGCUGUGGGCCUAGUCCCUGUGGGCUACUCAAGCAGCCCCUGGACAUGAGUGAAGUGUUUGCCUUCCACCUGGACAGGAUUCUGGGUCUCAACAGGACCCUGCCAUCCGUGAGCAGGAAAUCAGAGUUCAUCCAAGAUGGCCGACCUCGUCCUAUUGUUCUUUGGGACUCCUCUCUAGCAUCCGCAAGCAACGAUAGCCAUUCUUCUGUUAAGAUCACCUGGAGAACGUAUCAGCAGUCGCUAAAACAGAAGUGCUGGCUGAAUGGCCGGGUUCCCAGACCUGAGUGGGGCUGCACUGAAAUCCAUCACCACGAGUGGUCCAAGAUGGCUCUCUUCGAUUUUUUGUUACAGAUUUAUAAUCGCUUAGAUACAAAUUGCUGUGGAUUCAGACCUCGCAAGGAAGACGCCUGCAUACAGAAUGGACUGAGGCCAAACUGUGAUGACCAAAAUUCUGUGACUUUAGCACACAUUAUCCAGCGAAAAAAUGACCCAAGGCAUUUGGUCUUCAUAAACAAUAAGGGUUUCUUUGACAGAAGUGAAGACAACUUAAACUUCAAAUUGCUAGAAGGCAUCAGAGAGUUUCCUGACUCUGCAGUUUCUGUUCUGAAGAGCCAGCACUUACGGCAGAAGCUCCUUCAGUCACUGUUCCUUGACAAGGUUUACUGGGAGAGUCAAGGAGGCAGGCAAGGCAUUGAGAAGCUCAUUGAUGUUGUAGAGCAGAGAGCCAGAAUCCUUGUCACCUACAUCAAUGCACAUGGCGUCAAAGUAUUACCUAUGAACGAAUGACAUAGGACUUCCUGUCUCAAGGGCUAUACGUGUGUGACUUUUGGUUUUUCUUAAGAAAGUAUAUUAAUCUUAACUGUUUCUAGGAGUGAGGCAAAAUAGUUGAAUACACAAAACUAACCCAAUAUAUAUCAUGAACCGAGUUUUAAAAGUUUGCAGAGUUUAAAUGUAUGCAGAUUCCAGAAGUGUUGGAAUAACAUACUGCUUGCAAAAUGCCGGAUGAUAUUUUUUUGCCUAACACUUUGGCAUGUGUAUCUCAGCAUUGUUAUUACACAUUGGCCCCAAUUAUUAUUCCCACUAAUGUUAAAACCAUUUUUAUCCAUUUGAUGGAGCGAUCUAAACCAGAGGCAUUGACUCUUUUCAGAAACUGUUGUCAUGCCAUUUGGCUGAUUGGCCAACUCCUAGAAGAGAGCUAAUUGACAUUUUCCUGAUGCUGAUCAUUACAAAAGUUUUUCCAACCCUAUCCAGAAGCAAUCUUACACCAGAAAACUGAGGCAUGGGCCUUGAAACACUUUCUAAGUAGACAUAGUAGUGGAUUCAUUUACAAACCACUAUUGUGUUUUCUAGAGUCUAUAAACAGUCAGCUAUCUCUGAUCAACCAAAAUCUCAUGUCCAUUCCUUUUAAGAAAUUUACUGUUGGUAUAGAAAUAUCCAUAUGUAAUGAUAGAUUAGUAGUUUACUUUGCUCUGUUAAUUUUGAUUCAAUUUAUGUCUGGUGGUUAGAAAACCAAAUAGUUAUAAGGCAUGUUGUUACUAAUUUGAAAAUUUAUUUUGUGGAGUCUCUUAAUGUUCUUAUGGGUUGGUUGGUUGCCUUUAAAAAAAUUAUAAGAUCUCAUAUAGUCCAGGCUGGCUUUGAACUCCUUAUGUAUCUGAGGAUGGCCUUGGUCUUCUGAUGCCCCAUCUCCCAAGUGCUGGAAUUACAAAUGUGUGCUGCCACGCCCAGUAGUGCUUGAGAUCAAACUCGGGGCUUUAUUCUUGCUAUAUAGGUGCUGUAUGACUAAGCCCUUAGCCCCAGUCCCUUUUUAUGAUUGUUUAGCAAAUUGUCAUUUUAUAAAGGAUAUGCUAUAAUUUUUGUAGAUUUUUUAAAUUAUAGAACACUUCUUUUGUGUAAUUAGGUUUCAUCUGAUUUAACUGAUGUUGUCCAGGCAUUGAUGAGGCAUUGAUCUACUUAGUUCAGAUAUUAAAUAUGUUAUGUAGAUCAAUUCAAUAUGAGAAGUUUCAAUGAAACCCAACCCACGUGACUGGAUCUUUUCAAGAAAAAAACACAUGACUAGAGAACAUGUGGCAACAAAUUGGGCAUAAUUAAGUCUCAAACAAUUCUCUCCCAAAUUCCUCUACCAACUUUUUAGAUGGAUUGGAAGGACUGAGGCAUGCAGUGUUCAUACUCUGAAUCUUCCUGUCCUUGGGAGAUCUGCAAGAUCAUCACAUAUCCUACUUAUAUGGAAAUGAUUUCUCUCUCACGUUUAGCUCUCCUACCUGUUAUUGAACAGCAGAUUGAUUAGCCAGAUGUGGUGAUGUAUACCUGAAUUCCCAGCACCCAGGAAGCUGUGGAAGGAGGAUUACAAGUUUGAGUCAGUCUGGUCCACAUAGUGAUAUCCUGUCUGAAGUGUACCCCUGCCUUCGUAGAAGCUGAUUUUCUUUCUUUGGAAACUUAAAAAUAAAAAAGUUACACAUUU